AUGUCGGUGUCGGUGUGGGUCAAAGGUGGCGGUGAUGGCAGUGUUUGGGAAAGUCUUGUCGGAGAAGAAGAGACUUCACCGAAUUUGAUUUGGGGGAUGUGGCGCCCCAAUCGCCUAAUGAGUAGAUCAUCAGCUGCACUCAUUUUACUUUUCGUAGCUCUGGUUGCUUUGCCGGUAUCGCUUGCUGAAUCCGAAGAUUCGAAACUGCUCGAUGACCACGCCGCCGGAAAUGUCACCGCCGGUAAUAUGACUGCGGCGAAGGAGGACACCUUUGCUGACAUGAUAGACCGAGCACUGGAGAAAGAGUUCACUGAGAAUGAGGAUCAGAAUGAAGCAAAUGAUGCUGGUAGCUUCAACAACAGUGUGGCAGGGCAGCAGGCAGUUUUGGAAACUGUAGCUAGAGUCAAGCCAAAGAAAAAUGAGACCAAAACAAAGGAGGAAAAAUCCUUUAAACUUCAUAAUGUUUUCAACCUGGACAAUGACAAUGGAGCUGAAGAAACCCCAACUUUGAUUGAUAGAAAGGACAACGUUUUCAUUAUAUCAAAUUUCAAAUCUAAAUAUCCAGUGCUGCAGUUAGACUUGAGGCUUAUAUCAGAUCUGGUAGUUGUCAUCGUGUCUGCAACUUGUGGUGGAAUUGCUUUUGCUUGUGCUGGACAACCGGUUAUUACUGGAUACUUGUUAGCAGGGUCCAUUGUUGGACCUGGAGGUUUCAACGUUGUCAGUGAAAUGGUGCAAGUCGAGACAGUGGCUCAGUUUGGUGUAAUCUUCCUUCUUUUUGCUUUGGGUCUGGAGUUCUCUACAACAAAGCUUCGAGUUGUACGAGCAGUUGCUGUUCUUGGAGGCUUACUCCAAAUUCUCCUAUUUAUGUGCCUCUGUGGAAUUAUAGCCUUGUCAUGUGGCGGUAGGACUUCGGAGGGGGUAUUUGUUGGUGCAUUUCUCUCCAUGUCAUCUACUGCAGUUGUAUAUAAGUUUUUGAUGGAGAAAAACAGUACUAAUGCCCUUCAUGGCCAAGUUACCAUCGGCACUCUCAUUUUGCAGGACUGUGCUGUGGGUUUACUGUUUGCGAUGCUUCCAGUCCUGGGUGGAACUUCAGGUGUUCUUCAGGGAGUAAUAUCCAUGACUAAAUCGUUGGUGGUGUUGAUUGCAUUCUUGGCUGUUCUAUCGUUGUUCUCACGGACAUGUGUACCUUGGUUCCUCAAACUUAUGAUAAAUUUAUCAUCACAGACCAAUGAACUCUAUCAGUUGGCUUCAGUUGCAUUUUGCCUGCUUGUAGCUUGGUGUAGUGACAAGCUGGGUUUGAGUUUAGAAUUGGGUUCAUUUGCUGCUGGAGUGAUGAUAUCAACAACUGAUCUUGCUCAGCAUACGCUUGAACAAGUUGAACCUAUUCGCAACAUAUUUGCUGCUCUUUUCCUGGCUAGCAUUGGGAUGCUCAUCCAUGUUCAUUUUCUCUGGAAUCAUGUUGAUAUCUUACUUGCAUCAGUUAUAUUAGUGGUGGUUGUUAAAACCAUAGUAAUUUCUGCAGUUGUCAAGGGGUUUGGCUACAAUAACAAAACUUCAGUACUUGUCGGGUUGUCUUUGGCUCAAAUAGGGGAAUUUGCGUUUGUACUGCUCAGCCGUGCUUCUAAUCUCCAUCUCGUUGAGGGUAAAGUGUACUUGCUGCUUCUUGGAACGACAGCUCUCAGUCUGGUGACUACUCCAUUGCUUUUCAAGUUAAUACCUGCGGUUGUGCACCUUGGAGUGCUGUUAAGGUGGUUCUCCCCUGAUGGUCAAAGCGAGCUGGGGUUUAAAGGUGACAAUCUCCGCUCAGACAGUGCUAAGCAGAGAAUUGCUUUAAUAUCUAAGGAUCACUUGAUACACGAAGGAUGA